CGAUACUAUGGUAAGUGAACUACUCCCAUAACGGAGUUGACUGUCUUCUUUUGCUCUACUUGACUGGCACCUACUGUAACGCCGUCAUGUAGGUGCCAAGCGAGCAGUCGAGGCUUACCAGGUAGUCAGACUCAUCACCAAGGCCCCAACUUGAAGUACAACGUUGUAAGACAUGAAACAACUUUGCGUCAUUCGCAGACCACAUACAAGUACGUACUAAAAGAAGAUACUUUAUCAGCCUCUUCUCAACAGAUUGCCGCUUCCAACAUGGCGUGGGCAAUGAGACAUACCUGGAUAAUAUUGACGAAAAAUGGCAACUUUACCGACAGCGCAGCUGGUCAACUCUGUUAUUCUUCUCGAGCAAAACGUCCGUAGAGGGAUUUGAAACGACAAAGGGACCUUCCAAAAGAACGCUAAAGGAAAUAUGGGCUUGUACGAUGCCCAAACACGAGUUCUGCUCUGCUUUCAUGCAUUGCCGGGAAACUGAGGCAUCAAUGAUAAGUCCAUCUCAGCGUGUUCUUGUUGGCUGUUCUGCGAAGCCGUGGUGCUGAUGCGAUGGGUGACACAACAUCGGGCGCAACUCUCUGUACACGGUCACAACCCACAACAGCCCGCAGCGGUCUGCUGGACUUUGGAUGCUCAAUCACCCAUGUUCAUCGGGGCACAAGUUUGGGCGCACACUGUGAUCCAUUCGGCGUCUCAACGGCCAAUAGUUGGCUCUACCACAAACUGUGCGAUCGUGCCGCACGAACAUGCCGGUCACCAACCUGCUGUUCAACAAAUGUACUCCCUUCAAUCUUCGAUUUCGCCGUCGAAUCCAAGUGGACUGAUGGAUGACCGCUCCAUCGCCCCCUUAAAAGGUAGCCUCCCUGGAAAUACGAGAUGGUCAGCAGGUCCAAACGGGCCGUUGGGUGCGAGAAUGCCUGGCACGCAGCACUGGCCGUUGGGCGCCGGCCGGUGAGGUGGGAGUAUCAGUCAACCAUUGAUAAGGUAUGUUUGCGAACGGCACUGUCACUUGAAGUGGUCUGUCUCGCUUCCUUAUAAAGGCUGCAAUUCGGGCUUGGAUUCGAACUCGGGGCCUUAUUCUGUUUCCAUAUUCAACGAGUAAGCAAGACAUUUGGUCCCUGGAUUGUUCUUGCAAUUGGAUUGAAGCGACGUACCACACUUUACGCCACCGAGCUAGGAACUGUCCCAUGUGCCACAGAACUCAGGCCGUCUUCCGCUGUGGCCACAGCGGUUACGAGGGCCGCAUCAUAUACUGUGAAAAUGCGGGAAGCAACGGCAAGCGUCAGGUCAUGUGUACAACACAGCGGCAUACCACGAGAGUGCAAAAGGACCAGGUGUGCGGUGCGAAUAGUUGCCGGUUGAGUGUGCUUGGGGGACAAUGGCGUUGUUGCACUUGCGCGAAGAAAGGUAACCAAUACGGUCAUUGCGAAGGUCGUGCCUGUGCCCACAACGUCUGCCAAAACUGUACGAAAGACCCUUAAACGAACGGCUGCACCCACCCAAGGCUCGUUAUUCGCCUGUUUCAACCCCAAAAGGGAGGGCGAAGCGGGAUCGAGCUCACGAUUUGUCGUCGUCGAGACGUUGCAUUCACUUUUGACAGCUCGUUGCUCUGAAGCUCCAUCCUGCCUCGCAGUCAGUUCCAACGUUCGCUACGUGUCGCUUCCGCAUGUGUGUCUAGAGAGACAUUGGCGGCCCAAUGAUCUUGCCGGAAACUAGGCGCAGGGCCGUAUCACCCUGGAAUAUAGUUCUUAGAUCAUUGUCAGCACUGACCAUGCGCUCUCGUUUACAUGGGGACGCUACUAAUACUGAUUGGGAUAUGUAUGCCUUGGAGCAAAGCAUCAUUGGCAAAGACUAGGUGACGGAUUUGCAAUCAACACGAGGGUAUUCAUAACAAAGGAUAGUAGAACGAACCUCAUGAACAUCUAAGACAUCAACCUGACUCGUAAGUGUCCAGCACACCGUCUUCUGUCAAUUUCAAGUAUUCUUUGAUCCUGGCCAAGCCCUGCAAAUCUCCGGCAACCGUUUCUCUCAGUUCUUCAUCCACCCAGCCAACAGUGUAGCCGCCUCCAAAGUCGAUCACCCAAACACUGUCUUCGUGGUCCACGAGGACAUUGCCGGCCUUUGCAUCUCCCCAGACGAUCCCAACAUCAUGAAGGGCGCUUAAAGUCUCUGCAAUCUUCUGGUACCAACGUCGACGGAGCGCCAGUGGGGCUUUUUCGGCAGCUCCCACAUGGUCGAGAGUCCCUCGGUGUUCGAUGUACUCAAGGAGAUAGCCUAUGAUGCGUUUCUGGCUUGCAUCCUCGACGUAACCAUGCAACUUCGGGAGAAGCAACAUGUUAUGCAGACCCGAGUCUUGGAUACGAAGCAGAUGGUCGAUUUCGCGUUCCGCUGAUCUGGAGUCCAUUGCCGACCUGAGAUAGAGUUUGUGGUGGCCAUGCAGGAAGACGGCCUGGGGAUACAAUGCACCUUCACUCAGCGAGUCCCAGGGUAUCAGAAUCUCCCGCGACGAGAAGAUAGGAACGUUCGAGCGAAUGCAUGAGGGCGACAAGUCCAGGAACCGUAACAAAGGCCGUGGUACCACGUCAUGCUCACCAUCAAUCAAACGAAUUGGUGUCACUCGACCCUCAACGCACUUGAGUCGGAAGAACUGCGUGGAAGGAUUGGCGUACUCGUCAAGGUUCUGCAGGCGCUGUCCUGGCCCAGAUCCGAUAUUGUGUAAUGGUGGUAUCUUCCGGAACAGAGGGAAGAAGGGUGUGGCUAUCCAAUCAUAUAACACGUCAAGCGGAUGAUAGCCUUCUGGAUUGAGAUCUUCGAUGUUCGAGGGAUCGUCGUCGCGUACAGCUGCGAGCAAACGCUGGUAUUGAUCUUCUAUGUGUGAUGAAGCCGACGAGGGCGGCGUUGACGACUCUGUAGAAUCGCCCUCACGAAAGUCACUCGGUGAGACACUGACGUGGAACCGACGGCCACGACACACCACUUGGAACAAAGAGUCAAUAUCCUCGCAGUGGAGAAAAUUGAGGACCUGGUAAGGGGGUUCAUCUUCAACCUUGCUCAAAGGAUCCAUGAAAGCAAGCUUGAAUGUCUGUAGGGACAAUGCUGGAGUAGUCGUCAGUCAGCGAAGGACUAGCCAGCGGGGCGGCACUCGCAUUGCCUGCGCAGCCUUCAAGGUGGUGCUGCACCCUUUUUCCUGUCGGUCGGCGCGUGUCUAAAUUGGGAAAGGGACUCGGUCGCGCUCAGACGCGAGAAGUGAAGGCCAGGCGUAGUACUAUCGCUGCUGCAGUGGUUGCACAAUGGCACUGCAAGGGUUCGUAUGCCAGCAAAAAGAGAUCAUGGGCGGUCCAGGCGAAAAUGCUACCUGUACUACUAUGUAGUAGUGCCUUGCUGCACGACUUGCGUUGAUUUACAUGAGUACCGAGCCAAGAGUGCUCAAAUAUUCGGAAUACAUACAUGUACAAGUUGAUCUGUAGUGCAGUGCCAGUGUACAACAACUGCAUUGUGUAC